AUGAAGGAGCGACCAGAAGAACAGAAAGCCAUCCCGCUAGAGGAAAAAUGGCGUCUUGUACCAGCAUUUUUAAAGGUUCGUGGCCUGGUGAAGCAGCAUCUCGUCUCGUUCGACUACUUUGUCAACGAGGACAUCAAAAAUAUCAUCAUGAGCAACCAGAAGAUCACCAGUGAUGCCAACCCAAACUUUUAUUUGAAGUAUCUGGAUAUUCGGGUAGGCCACCCAUCCAGUGAAGAGGGUUUCAACCAGAUCAACGAUAAAAUUACGCCUCAGGAAUGCCGGUUACGUGAUAUGACCUACGCGGCUCCAAUCACCGUCGACGUCGAAUAUACUCGUGGAAACCAGCGAGUUAUCAAACGGGACCUCUGCAUUGGCCGGAUGCCGAUUAUGCUGCGAUCAAGCAAAUGCAUUCUGCGGGACUUGGAAGAAGAGGAAUUGGCGCGCGUCAAGGAAUGUCCCUACGAUCCGGGAGGUUAUUUUGUCGUCAAGGGAUCCGAAAAGGUGGUGCUCAUCCAGGAGCAGCUCAGCAAGAACCGCAUCAUGAUCGGCUACAACUCGAGCAAAGAAUUGCAAUGCGAGGUCCUUUCCUCCACGACCGAGAAAAAGUCGAAGACGUACGUGAUUGCCAAGAAGGGUCGUUAUUUGCUUCGGCACAACCAGCUCAGCGACGAUAUUCCGAUCUCGAUCAUCUACAAGGCUAUGGGCCUGGUCUCGGACUUUGACAUGAUGUCGGCGAUCGGUCGCGAGGAGCGCUUUAUCGACUCGUUUACGCGAACUAUCGAAGACGCUCAUAAUCAUGGAAUCUACACGCAGCAACAAGGGCUCAAUUAUCUAGCUGCCAAGGUGAAAGUGCGCAAGCCGUUCGGCUCUUUCGGCACCUCGCACCAGACGAUGAUCGAAGUCUCGGUGAAAGACCACGAGGCGCUGGAUUUCCUCUCUAGCGGCAUGAUCUGCCAUGUGCCCGUCGAGAAUGGCGACUUCAAGCUGAAGGCCAUAUAUUUGGGGCUAAUGUGUAGACGAUUGAUAAUGGCCGAGCUGGGUGAGAGCGACGUUGACGAUCGAGAUUUUUACGGAAACAAGCGGCUUGAGCUUGCCGGUUCAUUGCUUGCCUUGCUGUUUGAGGACGUUUUCAAGAGAUUCAACAUGGAACUCAAACGGAUAGCAGACAAUUUCCUCAACAAAACAUUAGCCGCCCCGUUGGAUAUUGUCAAGCAUAUGCGACAGGACAUGAUCACCAACACCUUGGUCAAUUCGCUGUCCUCUGGAAACUGGAUUAUCAAGCGGUUCCGGAUGGAGCGACAUGGCGUGACGCAAGUUCUCUCCCGUCUCUCCUACAUCUCUGCACUGGGCAUGAUGACCAGGAUCAAUUCGACUUUCGAGAAGACACGAAAAGUGGCUGGUCCUCGAUCGCUUCAACCCUCGCAAUGGGGCAUGGUCUGCCCCUCAGAUACGCCAGAAGGAGAAGCUUGCGGCUUGGUGAAAAAUUUGGCCUUGAUUUCGCACAUCACCACCGAUUCUUUGUUUCAGCCGGUGCUACGUCUGCUCUACAACAGCGGUGUCGAAGACUUGAAGCGUGCCCAUUUCAGUCACCUCCACGAUCCGCGCUACCACCUUGUUUUCCUCAACGGACAGCUAACGGGCUCCACCGUUGACCCGAAUCGCGUCGUCUCGGCCGUGAGGGCGUUACGAAGAAGCGGAUUUUUCAGUGAAUUUGUCUCCGUUUCGAGGUCUUUCACCCAACGAAGUGUCUUCAUUUCGUCUGAUGGAGGCCGGUUAUGCAGACCCUACAUUAUCGUCGAGAACCAGAAGCCGCUUCUAAAGCAACAACACAUUGAAGACAUAAAGAGCGGCUUGCGCGUUUUCGAGGACUUUGUCGCGGAAGGGUUAAUUGAGUAUCUUGAUGUCAACGAGAUGAACGACGCCAUGAUCGCCAUGUAUGAGAAGGACAUCAACGAGAAAUCGACUCAUUUGGAGAUUGAACCGUUCACAAUUCUUGGUGUAUGCGCCGGCUUGGUGCCGUACCCCCAUCACAACCAGUCGCCUAGGAACACUUACCAGUGCGCUAUGGGUAAACAGGCUAUGGGCACAAUCGCGUACAACCAGCAGCAGCGUAUCGACAGUAUGAUGUAUUUGCUCGUCUACCCGCAAAGGCCGCUCGUGAAGAGCAAGACGAUCGAGCUCACCAACUUUGAAAAGCUGCCCGCCGGCCAGAAUGGGAUCAUCGCCGUCAUGUCGUACUCGGGCUACGAUAUUGAAGACGCCAUCGUGCUCAACAAGGCUUCGCUUGAUCGAGGGUACGGCCGAUGUCUUUUGUACAAGAAUGCAAAGGGCCACGCCCGGAAAUACCCGAAUCAGACGAGCGAUCGCCUAAUGGGCCCAAGUGUUGAUGCGACGACGAGGAAGCCCAUUUACAAGCAUAAGGUCCUCGACCAUGAAGGCAUCGUGUUCGCCGGCGCGCGAGUGGAGAACAAGCAGACGAUGAUCAACAAGCAUAUGCCGAUCGUGAACCAGACCGGCGAUUCGACAAUGACUCCUGGAAUGAGCAGCGUCACACCUGCCGGCCGAGAUGUCGAGUACAAGGAUGUCUCCAUUUCUUACAAGAGCAUCACCCCAGCAUACGCAGAACGAGUCCUACUUACACACAAUGAUGAUGAGGCGCAUUUGAUCAAGGUCCUGCUACGACAGACUCGUCGCCCCGAGCUCGGCGACAAGUUCUCGUCUCGACAUGGGCAAAAGGGUGUCUGCGGGCUGAUCGCGCAACAAGAAGAUAUGCCUUUCAAUGACUUGGGAAUGUGCCCCGACAUGAUCAUGAACCCGCACGGAUACCCGUCUCGGAUGACUGUCGGCAAGCUAAUGGAGCUGCUCUCCGGAAAGAACGCGAUCAUGACCGGCCGCUUCCACUAUGGCACCGCUUUUGGCGGCGAUCAGGUGAAAGACGUCUGCGAAGAGUUGUCGCGCUACGGCUACAACUUUAUGGGAAAGGACAUGCUGACCUCGGGCAUCACCGGGCAGCAACUGUCCGCCUACAUCUAUUUUGGGCCGAUCUACUACCAGAAGUUGAAGCACAUGGUCAUCGACAAGAUUCACGCCAGGGCGCGCGGUCCAAGAGCCGCCUUGACACGUCAGCCAACGGAAGGUCGAUCGCGGGAGGGUGGCCUGCGUCUGGGAGAAAUGGAACGUGAUUGUCUGAUUGCCUACGGCGCGUCGAUGAUGCUGAUGGAACGGUUGCUGUUCUCGUCUGAUGAAUUCCAGAUCGAAGUUUGCGGCAUUUGCGGGUUGAUGGGCUACAAGGGCUGGUGUCAACGGUGCCGCUCCUCCAAAGACUUGGCCAAGAUCAAGAUCCCAUACGCUUGCAAGCUACUCUUCCAGGAGCUCCAAUCGAUGAACAUUGUUCCGAAGAUCCACCUGGGCCCGCUGAUCGAC